GUGCCAGUCCUCUAUAAAGACACGUGUGGAAUCAGAUCAUCAAGUGCUCAGAUAUCCUGCUGUGUCACACACUGGUACACAUGACAGUCACAAAGCAGGUGUGUACAACUUGGAGUGCUCAUAGGUCAUGUGUGAAAGGUGCCUAUAAAUUCAGGGACCAUCUCCAUCCUCAGAGAAACAGCAAGCACCUAGAAUGAAGUAAGGAAACUAAAUGGACUAUCGACUCUGAGGAACUUAUAUUGUUUUCCUUUUAACUGGAUUAAAACCUUCUUGGAAAACUAUUAAGUGAGCAUUGGUAUGCUGGCUGGCUUCCUUCUGAAAAAGUUUAUGGCCAAAGGCUAUUCAGUGACAGAAACCCUCCCAAAGACCUGUCUUAUUCUAGAGAAAACUUGAAACCUAUCUGCAUCAUUUUCUUAAGAAAUAAAAAUGGUUGUAGUGAAACCGACCGAUGUGGUGCCCUCCGCCAGUAUUAAGUUCUUCGGAGCAGGCACGGCAGCUUGCAUUGCUGACCUCAUCACCUUUCCACUGGAUACGGCUAAAGUCAGGCUGCAGAUCCAGGGCGAGUCUCAGAAAGUUAAAGGAUCCAGUGCAGUGAAGUACCGGGGUGUGUUCGGCACAAUCAACACCAUGGUGCGCACAGAAGGAGCCAGGAGUCUAUACAAUGGGCUGGUAGCAGGUCUCCAGAGGCAGAUGAGUUUUGCGUCUGUUCGAAUCGGCCUUUAUGACUCCAUGAAGCAAUUCUACACUCGAGGCACUGAGAGUGCUGGGAUUGUUACCCAACUCAUGGCAGGCUGCACCACAGGAGCCAUGGCUGUGGCUUUUGCACAACCAACAGAUGUAGUGAAGGUGCGUUUCCAAGCCCAGGUGCGGUUGGCUGAUAGCGAGAGGAGAUACAACAGUACCCUGGAUGCUUAUAAGACGAUUGCCAGAAACGAGGGAGUUCGGGGGCUCUGGAAAGGCUGCAUGCCAAACAUCACCCGGAAUGCUAUUGUAAACUGUGCAGAACUGGUCACCUAUGACAUGAUCAAAGAACUCAUUCUGAAGUAUGACCUAAUGACAGACAACAUGCCAUGCCACUUCACAGCUGCCUUUGGUGCUGGCUUUUGCACAACUGUAGUAGCGUCUCCUGUGGAUGUGGUUAAAACACGGUUUAUGAACUCAGGAAAUGGUCAGUACACCAGCGCCAUCAACUGCGCUCUGACGAUGUUGAGAAAUGAAGGACCUGCAGCUUUCUAUAAAGGAUUCAUGCCUUCUUUCCUGCGACUGGGAUCUUGGAACAUUGUUAUGUUUGUGACAUAUGAACAAAUUAAAAGGGGUAUGACCCAAGCACAACGGUACUGGGAGUCACAUCAUUGUUCAGUCCAUAUCAAAAAGCUGCUCUUGGAUCUUAGUUUUAAUCAAAAGAAAUUGGGGAAAAUGGUUGGAUUCCGACCUGCGGAUGUGCCUCCAACAGCAGCUGUAAAGUUUGUGGGUGCAGGAACUGCAGCCUGCAUUGCUGACCUGCUCACCUUUCCCUUGGACACAGCCAAAGUACGGCUGCAGGUCCAAGGAGAAGCCAGCAUCUCUGAAGCAAUGGGAAAAUCUCCUGCAGUAAAGUAUCGGGGUGUGUUUGGUACCAUCAUCACCAUGGUGCGCACAGAAGGGCCUCUGAGUCUUUACAGUGGGCUGGUGGCAGGACUCCAGAGACAGAUGAGCUUUGCCUCUGUCCGUAUUGGUCUCUAUGACUCUGUUAAACAGUUCUACACUAAAGGAUCUGAUCAUGCGGGCAUUGGCAGUCGGCUGCUUGCGGGAUGUACCACAGGUGGCAUGGCUGUGGCCUUGGCCCAGCCCACAGAUGUGGUGAAAGUCCGUUUUCAGGCACAGGCCAGGUCUAAUCAGCAUGCAAGACGCUACUGUGGCACCAUUAAUGCUUACAAGACCAUUGCUAAGGAGGAAGGCAUCCGUGGUCUCUGGAAAGGCACAGGUCCAAACAUUGCACGCAAUGCUAUCGUUAACUGCACAGAACUGGUGACAUAUGACUUCAUUAAGGAUUUCCUCCUCACCUUCACUGCCAUGUCUGACAACCUGCCUUGCCACUUUGUAUCAGCCUUUGGUGCUGGCUUAUGCACCACUGUGAUCGCUUCCCCAGUCGAUGUGGUCAAAACGAGAUACAUGAACUCUGCUCUUGGCCGGUACAGCUGCGUCCUCAAUUGUGCUGCUGCCAUGAUGACCAAUGAAGGCCCGCAUGCCUUUUAUAAAGGCUUCAUGCCAUCGUUCUUACGGCUGGGCUCCUGGAACGUGGUGAUGUUUGUCACAUAUGAGCAGCUGAAGCGAGCUUUGAUGGCAGCAAAUCACAGCUGCACAACUUUAUUAUAA